CAACAAUGCAUUUUUUUAAACAUAGAGACCUAGUUAUCAGACCUCUCAUGAAGAUAUUUAAGAAAAUAAGCUUUGAAUAACACAUAAUAGGUAAAUAUUCACGUAUAUUAUGUCAUCGGUUAAAGACGGAAAUAUCAUGUAUAAAAUAUGUAAGUCAAUAGAAUGGUAGCAAUACGGAAAAAAGACUGGAAGUAUAUCGCUAAGUCAGACUUGAUAGCAUUUUAUAAAAGAAAAUACCUAUUCAAAAAACGUAUCUAUGAUUCGAGAGGCUUGUGUCGUGCAGAGUGGGGAGUGGUCAAGAAAGCUCAACAUAUGAUUGCUCGUGACAUAUGUGAAGCAUAUUACAGUCAUUUGUAUACUAGUUGCAGUGAUAGUUCACAUCCUAUGCUAAAUAAGCGAACCCUAGACCGAGGGGGAUGACUUAAUUUGAUUAUAUACUUGAUUUUAAUGUGCUAACAUAUCAUUGAUCUUGUAGUAUCAAAAAGCUGGUCAGGGGCUAACACAAAUAGUGCAAUAAAACACGAAUUGUACGAUAAAUCGUUAUUCAUAGUACUUCGCAUGCAUGUUUUCAAGUGUCACGGUAUGGCUAACAAUUUUGUAAGAAACGAAUACCCACAACAGGUUUCAACUGGUCAAGCCAGCCAAGACCGAAUUGAAAUUGCAUUUUCUAAUGGAGCAUCGUUCUCUUCAUUUUCCGCAGUGGAUGGUUAUCUUUUAAAUUCUGAACAAAAUUUUGUCAGAAAUGGUAUUUUAGAUGUAACUGGACAACGGCAAUUAACAUGUGAAAAUUCCACGGAACCAGCUACAGCUAUGCGAAUACCAACGCGACCAGCAAGACAUCCAGACUAUAUAGAUUACAGUAAAAGACUUAGAUCCUACGCCAGAUGGACGCGUUCAACUCCAGGUCCAAUCUGCCUUUGUGAUGCCGGUUUUUUCUUUACCGAUCAAGGUGAUUUGGUACGUUGUUUCCAGUGUGGUAUUGGUCUUAAAGAUUUCUCCGAAGGAGAUGAUCCUCUACUAGAACAUGUACGAUAUUCAGGAGAUUGCCUGUACCUCCUCGAACAUCUGGGAACUGUAAGAUUGUCUGCAAUAAAGGUCAAGUGUCAGUCAGAGCAGGCAGAAGUUACUGAACAGCAACGUUCAAAUGAGCAGUGUCGACAUCCUCAGUAUCAGACCUAUGCAGCCCGCCUUUCAUCCUUUAGCGGAUGGCCGAAUUAUCUGCAUCAAACUCCUGAAGAGUUAGCUGAGGCUGGGCUGUAUUAUACGGGAUUUGAAGAUCAUGUGCGCUGUUUCAUGUGUGAUGGUGGAUUACGGGGCUGGGACACAGACGAUGACCCGUGGACAGAACAUUGUCGAUGAUUUCCAGCUUGUCAGUUUGCCAGGGAGAAGAAAGGCAGUGACUUUAUAGCGCUUGUUCAGGCUUCGGCAGAAUAUGGCGCAGAGGAAACAGAAAACACAACAAACGCGGAAGGUACUGAAAGUCAAAGGCUAUCAGGCGCAAUGGACCAGAUGACGCUGCGGGAUCAAGAGUUACAGGCUGCUCUGGGUGAACAUAAGAGUGCAUGUCUAGAGAUGGGAUAUGAACUGACAGACUUGAACGAGGCAGUGGAGGAUUUAAGAAAUAUGGGUACUAAAAAACCUAAUAUAGAAGAGAUACUUGACAUGAUGGGGGUAGUAAAAGAGAGAAAACAAUGUCAACAGAGAGUUAUAGAUCUUGAACAGCGUGUCCGUGAAACUCAUAUCGAAGAAAAUCUGCUUCUGAAAAGUUUAAUUACUUGUAUUGCGUGUGGUAAAAACAACGUUAAUGCAUUGUUCCUUCCGUGUACUCAUCACCGCAUGUGUAUGGAGUGUGCAGAACAACAUUCACAGUGUCCCAUGCGCGAUAGGUAUAUUAGACAAAGGAUCAGGACCUACUUGGCAUAAUGAUGACCAGAAUUGUGCAUGCAAAACGGGUUAUUUUGGUACAGGAUAUAUCUGCAUAAAAAUGCGUGUACCGACAUGAUAUGUGACAGAAAUAACAAAACAAUGACUUUUCCAUUUUGUGUAGACAACAUCAGUUGCGAAUUUAUUGUGUAUAACUACUAACAUAAUGAAUAAUCUUCAGUGGAAAUAUCCACAGAAAAUUAGACGAUAUGUUUUCAGAGUGAUUAAAAUGGGAUGUUCUCAGUCAUAGUUUGAUUUGGAACAAAUUAGCAUAUACUGCGUUCAAUUUAUAAUUUGAAGCAUUAUACAAAAUUUGCAUAGAUUGUUUUAUGCAUCCUUUUUCUGGAGCAUAAAUAACACUGACAUAUAAUACAAUAUGUUGUUCUCUACUUCAGAGUAUUGUUGAUUGGGACAGCAUUACUUAUACAAACAGUGUAUGAUUAGACAAGUUAGAUUAAAUGUUAGUCAGGUACUUUGAACAUUCUAUUUCCUCUCUACGUGUCUCUGUAUUUUAUGAUUUUUAUUUCAGUACAUACAUGUAACUUGAUUUGAUGCUUCAAAUGAGUUUACGCAU